AUGUCAUCUGGUCCAAAUGGUGGUUCAAGUAAUCUAUUAAGUGUGGUUCAAGUGUCAAAUAGUGGUUCAAGUGGUAUUUCACAUCGUAAUUCAAAAGUGGGUUCAAUUAACCGGUCAAUUGGUUAUCAAAUAGUGGUUCAAAUUGGUGGGUCAAAUAGUAGUAAAAGUAAUUGGUCAAAUGGUGGUCCAAGCAAUAUUUUAAUUAGUAGCUCAAUGGUUGAGCAAUUAGCGAAUUAUAUGUAA